GGGCAACAUUGGAAAACAAGAAACUUUUUUCGGAAGUUACCGGCGAAAACAUUGUGAAUACCAUCCGCAAUAAACAUUCAUUGAGCAUGGCGAGUCGUGCGGCAAUGCUUUUGGGCCAAGUCGUCCCUUGUGUGAAACAGAAUGCAUCGAAAAUUCGUAUCCGGAGAAUGGAGCUGGACACGAAUCUGAAUAUGUACUUCAAAAAGGAUGAGUUCUACUUUGCCUACGAUCCGGACAAAAAAUGUAAAACGGGCGACGUUGUGCUGAUAAAGGAACUACCACAAAAACUUACUCGCCUCAUCACGCACACGAUAGAUGAAAUUGUUUACCCUCUUGGUGAUAUUACCGAUCCCAUCACCGGGAAGAAAGUUGUCGUGGGCAAAUAUCGUGACGAUAUUGAAGAAGCUAAUCGUCUGUUUGGAAAGUCCCAGGAUGCAUUCGACUAUUCCCGCGCUCCGGCCCGCGGACGAUUGGAGGGUACCAGAGAUUUCACGCACGGUGAAACGUACAUCAAGUACCAUGAGGAUGGUAAAGAGCAACCGUUUGCGGUGUAAAUAACGCUUUAGCUUUACUUUCUUCUACGAUUAGUACAAUAAAAUAAAAAUCUUCUAGAACUGUA